AUGGCCCCCGGCACUAGAAAUCACCCAAGCCGAGAGGGAUCCUCUGGAUCUAAUCAGAAUGAUACUCCGGACCCUCUUGUUGCUGCUGCUACCCAAUUCUUCCAGUCAAUGGUUAGCGGCCAAUUUAUGGCGCCUAGAGCUCCACAGGCCGAUUGUACCUUGGAGCAAUUUUCCCGCCAGCAUCCCCCUACUUUCGAUGGCAGACUGAAUUCCUUGGAUGCGGAAAGCUGGAUUGAGCGUAUGGAGCAGAUUUUCGAAGCGCUCUACUGCACGGAUGAUCAGAAGGUGAAAUAUGCCACUUACCAUUUGACUGACAUGGCAAACAAGUGGUGGAAGUCGACUCGAGCUUUGGUGCAGCUGGAAUUAGGGGAAGCAGUCCCCAUUACUUGGGAACAUUUCAAGAGAAUCUUUCUAGAUCACUUUUUCCCACGGACCCUUCGGGAGUCGAGAGCUCGCGAAUUUAUGGACCUUACUCAAGGAACGAUGACGGUAGCAUAG